AUGGCACGAAAUAGACGAACCAGAAGGCAGACCACGUCUGCUACGCGACUCACAUAUCCUUUGCCGAACCGAGAGUCCAUGUCAUUCCCAUGCACCUACGCCAAGAAACAUGACUGCAGUGAGACUUUCAGCAGUCAGUCGGAGGCAUCCUGCCAUGCCCUCCUCAGCCACAAUGUAGCACCGGUUCACAAGACUGAAGAUGGUAGGUUCAAAUGCCUCUUCGCCGAAGAGCUCGGCUGUACGGUGACAGCCUCGUCAAUUCUACGUCUGGGGGAGCAUCUUCGCUCUGAACAUGCAGGAAAGACAUUUCUUUGUCCGCUUGCAGAAGCAAGCUCCUGUACAUCGAGGUUCUCUUCUUUUGGAGGGGCACGGCCGCAUGUUGAGACCAAGCACAGAAACAGCCAGUUCCCAUGUCCUUUUGCAAAGGAGGAAAGCUGCACAAUGACCUUCACCACUCGCAACGGUGCACGACAGCAUGCCCAACGGAAGCACGAGACAGUCAUAUAUCCAUGCCCUUAUGCGGAGAGAGAGAGCUGCACUUCUGUCUUCAAGUGUCAAGAUUCCGCAAACCAACAUGGCCGAACUCACGAAACACGAGAGUACUUCUGUCCCUUGGCGAAAGAAUACGGUUGCAAUAAAGUUUUCAGUAAUCUCUCCACUGCUCGCAGGCACUCCCAGACCGACAUGCCAGAUCACAGCAUGAAAAAAAAACGGUUCCCGUGCCCUCUCGCAGAGCAAGAAAACUGUAGUGCUACUUUCGCUGGCACAGACGGCGCUCGCAUACACGCAAAUACUGCACAUAUCGGAGUAUUAUAUUCUUGCCCUGUCGCCAAACAGUUCGACUGUCAUGCAGUAUUCACAAACAAACCGAAUGCUCGAGCUCAUGCGGAGCUCCAUCUUGGAAUCCAGUUCCCAUGCCCUGUUGCAGAAGAGUACACAUGCGGAUCGGCUUUCACGACCGCAGCGCAAGCUACUACCCACGCGAAACUGCAUACCCAUCCUUUUUUCUGCCCGCACCCAAAUUGCUAUAAGCGAUUCGAAACUAGCACAGAUGCUUCGCAGCAUGCAGCUGAUGUCAAUCACUCGACUCAGGGGCUGUUCUUGUGUCCUAUCUCCAUAUGCCGGAGCUCUGUAGCUCGCAAGCCGUUCAAUGCCCGCACAAUAACGACACACUUUGAUAUGCAUAUCAGGCGUGACCACAUUGGCGUCGCUGACGAGCUUGUUCCUCAGCAAUUGGAAUCAUUGACAUUCCGCAGUAGCUUGCUCUUGUUCUUGGAAAUUAUCCAGUGCAUGCGGGUCGACCUAGUGGAUGAAGACGAAUGCAACGACUCUUCGGAGAUGUUGGUGAAAAAUACCAGGCUACUGGACGCAGAGCUAUAUGAUGAUGACGAACCCACUGCAAGCGGGAGCGAUGACAAGCAGCGAGACGAAGGCGUGCUGCAGUUUCUGGAACAAGCAGCUUCAUACGAUUUUGAUUGUGGUGUACUCUCAAAGGAGCAUCGACUCCAUAUUCUUCAACAGAACACGAUUCGGUGGGAGGAUUGCAGAAAGUAUUGCAAGGUGUCACUCAGAAACCUAGGCCUUACAUGUGUCGGCCCAAGCUCUUGUCCGGACCACCUUUGCGUUAAUCGAUGCCCAGAGAGUAUCGUUGUGGAUUUGGAUACGGCGCGUCUCUGGCUAGAGGAGAAGUCUCGUCCUACUUCUAGACUCAAACUGGACUGCCGAUGCGUUCCAUGUCAUUACUAUAAUGCCAUGUCUAAACUCCUUGGCAGCUAUGGUCUAAUGUCCGACAGUGUAAGCGAGGAAUGCACGGAGCGAGACUGCAAGGAGCCGUCAUUUUAUGGCGUGGGGAAAUGUCCUCAGCACAUAAGCCACUUCAUGGCAAGGACGUACCAAGCGAAGAGGGUCGCUGAUCCGAGACGGGCCAUGGAGAUAUUCAAUUCUGCGACUCGGAAAACGUGGACCUUUCCGUCGAAUUACAGAAAAGUGCUUCGUCGGAUAGACGAAAUUCAGCAGGGACAUCGCCAUGGUUCAGAACUCGUUAUUCUCGAUGAUGAAUACUCGCCUUCCUCGCAACAGUUAUGGGAAUUUGCCGUCAUUGAACGAGUUUCUGGGCGUACUCUCAUCAACACCACCAUCGAGCAUCAGACUGGAAUCGAUCAUAAUGAGCUAAAACCGUAUCCUUUCAUGAAAUGGUUAAGUCGGUCAAAAGCUUCGGCCGUUUUUUCACCAUCUCGCCUACCAAGCAUUGACCGCAUGACUGUGCACCAGGUUGCAUCCAAGCUCAAGCAAGUCGGGAUCACACAGGACACGAUAGUCCUAGUUUACCAGGCAGCGACAACAGAUCUAAGACUGCUCAGGGAGCUCUUAGAGUCCUCGGGUUAUUUUGGCAUCCUACCACCAGAUGAGAACUGCGUACCUAUGCUCCAACCUCUUCGCCAGAACCUUUCCAAAGGGAAGCCUGCAGAUCAGAGGAUCUGUUUGAGCCUCGAAAAUCUAUUCCCCAUCAUGUUUCCUCGGCAUUCAUUGAUUGGUCUCAACCACCAAGCGCUCGUGGACUGUCAGCAGACGCGGCUUGUCUGCAUGGCAUUUGAUGAGCUGUGCAAAAGUGUUGAGGAACGAGGAGAGCAGUGGCGUCCAGAUACCGUCCAAAAAGUACCACAGAGAUCUAUUCUUGAUUGGCUUCAAAAGUAA